AUGCCAGAACUCCCAUGCAGGAUCCUUGAUCUGCCGUCAGAGCUAGUUGAGGAGAUUUGCAGUCACCUCGACGACCAAGCGCUUCUCGAAGUGCGCUAUGUCUGUCAUGCUCUCAAAAACCUUUCGACAUUCAUGUUCGGCACCUGCUUCUUCCAGUGUCUCACAGCUAUACUUCACCCGCGUAGCCUCACUAACCUUCUCGAGAUUGCUUCUCAUCCGACCUUAUCUAGGUUCGUACACAUCAUCACAAUCAGCGGCGAACGCAUAGGCCACACUAUGAACUUGUCAGGACAUGAAAAUGAGGAUGUGCUUCACGAUCUGCAGACUAGCAUGGAAGAGUCUGGGAUGGACCGCAUGAUCCUGACUGAAGUGUUUCGAAAACUCAGCCUAACGUGCGUUCGGAUCGACGAAGAAUCGUUCUACUAUGCACGUUACGGGUUCGACGCCGUGCUCUGUGGACGUAAACAUUUUAUUGCAGGUAAUGACGGUCCAAACAGCCGUCCCAGGUCUGAUUCGAACCGAGCGUUUGAUGUGGUCUUCACCUCGCUCAAGAAUGCCGGAGUUCAGAACAACAUCAGGAUCCAGCUUGCCAUCAACACAAAUGGGGAACGUCCAUACCGUACCAGCUACUUCGAUCCGUCUUCUGAGGACUGGAACAGCGAAUUCGCCGCGAACGUUGAGGUAAUCGAUCUAUGCACAGAUAUGAAAUCCAGCUGGCUGCCGGAUCUUCUUCAUUCUACUCACAAUCUGGAGCAUCUUGCCGUAAAAGGUACGCCUGCCACUCUCCAACUGUCUCACCCUACCCACGGUUUGUUCACAUGGCCCAAAUUCCACACCCUCAAGGUGGACAAUACUGUUCUUGAUACCACUACCUUUGUCCAUUUCCUCGGCGCCCACCUGGCCACUCUUUCAUCGUUGCAGCUGGAGUUUGCCUAUCUCACGACGGGAACCUGGCAGGACCCGUUUUGUGUUAUCAAGAAAAUGGCGAAACUGAACAAUCUCUACAUGCACUUUUUGCACGAAGAGUUGGCCACCCCUGACAGCAAAGGACCUUUCGAUCUCUUCGAUAGUGACAAAGAACCUGGAAUAAGUGAAGCUUACAUCUUCAACGAUGCUGAUGUUGUCUCUGCUGUUUCCACGAUCCUAUCGGAUUUCCGGAGCGUCUUUUUCAAGGAUUCACCAUAUCGAGCGUUCGUGGUUGAUCUCAGGUUGGCCUAUGCUGUCGUAGGAGGCAGGGUUGAGCUACAUGAAGGAAAGUGGAGGGCCAAGGCCCGAGAGAGGGAGGUUUCGCUCGUCGGGCCUUCCGGUCCUUUGCCUACGCAAAAAGAUUUGGGCGCCUAGAGCGCACAUGGCACACGACUUGAGAUCAACUGAAGAGCUCGAUCCGUCUGUAUGGGCAUUCUUCGGAAGGGGCAGUCAAAUGGUAUACGGCUCUUCAUGUAUAUAGUAAUCAAGGCAUGAUGGUACAAUAUGGAUCAGGGCUAGGGCAGGACGUGUAGCUAUGGACGAAAGACGGGUCUCUUGUAAGACUCAUCGCAAGAGGGUCUGCUCAGGUCAAUAUGUUUUGUAAAGCAC